AUGUCUGGCAUCAACCUCGGCGAUGAGAAACUGAUUUUUGAGUCUUCCGAGGCGGUCUCGGUAAUCUCAACCUUUGACGACCUCGGCUUGAAGGAGGAUCUUUUGCGAGGCAUCUAUGCAUACAACUUUGAAAAGCCCUCCGCAAUUCAGCAGCGUGCGAUCCUGCCUAUAAUUCAGGGUCGGGACGUGAUCGCGCAGGCGCAAUCGGGCACCGGCAAAACUGCGACCUUCUCCAUCUCCAUCCUGCAGUCGAUCGACGUGACGGUGCGGGAGACGCAGGCGUUGGUGCUCUCGCCAACGCGCGAGCUCGCGACGCAGAUCCAGUCGGUCGUGCUCGCGCUUGGGGACUACAUGAAUGUGCAGUGCCAUGCGUGCAUUGGGGGUACGUCCAUCGGGGAGGACAUUCGCAAGCUCGAGUACGGCCAGCACGUCGUGUCGGGCACGCCCGGCCGCGUGUUCGACAUGAUCCGCCGCCGGAGCCUGCGCACGCGCAACAUCAAGAUGCUCGUGCUCGACGAGGCGGACGAGCUGCUCAAUAAGGGGUUCAAAGACCAGAUCUACGACGUGUACCGGUACCUCCCCCCCGCGACGCAGGUCGUACUCCUUAGCGCGACGCUGCCGUACGACGUGCUCGAGAUGACGACCAAGUUCAUGACGGACCCGAUCCGCAUCCUCGUCAAGCGUGACGAAUUGACGCUCGAGGGCAUCAAGCAAUUUUUCGUUGCGGUUGAGAAGGAGGACUGGAAGUUCGAUACGCUGUGCGACCUGUACGACACUCUUACCAUCACACAGGCCGUCAUCUUCUGCAACACGAGGAGAAAGGUUGACUGGCUAACGGAAAAAAUGCGUGCGGCAAACUUCACAGUGUCGUCAAUGCAUGGCGAAAUGGUGCAGAAGGAGCGAGAUGCGAUCAUGGCGGAGUUCCGGAGUGGGACAUCCCGAGUUCUGAUCACAACAGACGUCUGGGCGCGGGGCAUCGAUGUGCAACAAGUCUCGCUGGUCAUCAACUACGACUUGCCUGCAAAUCGUGAAAACUACAUCCACCGCAUUGGUCGGUCAGGUCGUUUCGGCCGGAAGGGUGUCGCGAUUAAUUUCGUGACAGUUGACGAUGUCCGAAUCCUCCGCGAUAUCGAACAAUUUUACAGCACACAAAUCGACGAAAUGCCAGUAAAUGCAGCUGAGCUGAUUUGA